CUGCAACUUCACGGCUCUAAGGGACAUCAUGAUUCGACCUACUAAGAGCUAUCUGCGCCAGCCGCCAGGCAUCGCACAGAUCGGCCUCUGGGGCCCCCUCUCGCCUGGGUAAUCGGCACGCUCCCCAGAGACCGUCAUUGGUUACGAUCUCUAGUUGACUGUGCUCGGCCUCCGAGCCAAGCAACAUGGCUUGCCUCAUCCUACCCCAUGGUCAAGGCAAGUGGGUGCUGGUGGGUCACCCUUGCCUAUAAGAUGCUUCUUUUCGGGCACUUCCGCCCUUCGAAUUGCUGCUUUAUUUCUGCUGCCCCGCUGGCUUGCGACUCGGGGUUAGCCCGGGAUUUACAGAAUUUAUAAUCAGCGCUAUGGAUUUUUCUUUGCACUUCUUCAAAUCCUGCGAGACGACUUUCGUAGCUUCUUGAGACUGUUUCUCUCCCUUUGUGCCUCCUUCACGGGCCCUCUAUACCAUCUGUUCUCGAGGGACUGACUCUCUCCCCAGAGCAACCGCCAGUGUCUGUCCGUUACGUCAACACGAAAAGAUGGGUUCGACUAAUCUAGAAAUAGAGCAGAAGAAGGUCCUCGCAGACACUUUGGUCGCCAGCGAUGAAGAGAACCCAAAUUCUCCGGGGAUCAGCUCCCCUGGUGAAAAGGAGCUGGAGGAGGUAACAUACGACACGGGGCUCUUCUCAUGGCUGCAGGUCUUGGGUUCGUUCUUUCUGUUCUUCAACUCAUGGGGCGUGAUCAAUACGUGGGGUGCAUAUCAAACCUACUAUGAGCAAGAUAUCCUGGCCGGCACUUCGUCAUCCACCAUUGCAUGGAUUGGAUCCCUGCAGUCGUUCCUUCUGAUGAUGGUUGGCGUCAUUACGGGCCCUCUUUUCGAUGCCGGCUAUUUCCGUGGAUUACUCUGCUUCGCCAACUUCAUGCUGCCCUUUGGGCUGAUGAUGACCAGUAUCUCGACCAAAUACUGGCAUCUGAUUCUGGCGCAGGGGAUUUGCGUGGGACUAGCAGCCGGAUGUCUGUUCGUUCCCUCGGUUGCCCUUCUACCACAAUAUUUCCGUCAGAAGAGAGGAUUUGCCAACGGUCUUGCUGCCAGCGGUAGCAGCAUCGGUGGUGUGAUUUACCCUAUCAUGUUCAACCAAUUGCAGAAGAAGGUUGGAUUUGCCUGGGCGACCCGUGCACUUGGAUUUCUCUGUUUCGGAACCAUCUUAAUCUCGGUGGGCAUCAUGCGCGUUCGGUUUGCGCCAAAGGAAAAGCGCAAGCUUUAUCAGCUGUCUGCCUUCAAGGAGCCUGCAUACUGUCUUUUUACUGGAGCAAUGUUCCUGGGCUUCCUGGGAUUCUACAACUUCCUUUUCUACGUCCAAUCUUACGCUAUCGAUACGGGAAUCGUGGACGGAAACCUGGGCUUCUACUUGCUGUCCAUGCUGAACGCGGCCUCGACUUUCGGCCGAAUUGGGCCCAACUUCCUCGCUGAUCACGUUGGCCCUCUCAACAUGCUCACUCCCGCCGUGACCAUCACCUCCGUUCUGGCCUUUGCGUGGAUUGGAGUUCACACGGUGGGUGGCGUCAUCGCUCUUGCUGUCCUGUAUGGAUUCUUCUCUGGCGGGUUUGUCUCACUGCCUCCCGUGGUGAUGGCCAGUAUGACACCUGACGUGCGCGACCUCGGAACUCGCCUUGGAAUGGUCUUCGCCGUUACAUCCAUUGGUCUCUUAAUUGGUACUCCUAUCGGCGGUUCCAUCUUGGCUGACACAAACAAGUAUCUUGGUGUCCAAUUAUUUACUGCCUGCUGCCUUGUUGCAUCUGCAGGCCUCAUGGCUACCUUGCGGUUUGUGCGAUCUGGUCCUAAGCUGAUCUGCAAAACUUGAGACUCGGUCUUCCCAGAUCGAUCCGUGAAGCAUGAUGCAUAAUAAGUCUCGAAAAUGCGGCGUAUUUGAUGCAAGAUCGAGUCCAGGUUCUCGUGAUGUCUGCAUGAGCCAGUCUCUGAUGAGUCAACCUCGUCCAACCACAAAUGAACCGAAGUACUCCGUCACUCGGGGGAUCUAAAGAGCGGUCUCUUGUGCCCUUCAGGACCUAUAUGACGGUCUACGGAAUAGCUACUUCCUAUGAGAGCAUGCCAAGUGCAUAUCUCAAGUACGCAGUCAAGGUCAGGGCAAUCGACGACGAAUACUCGCGAGGGCAGAUCUAGGGUUCGUUGGGUGUCGUGGACUAUGCCAUGACAUAUGGCAACUUCUAAAAACAAUAGCGUCUAAAUAAUGAUACAAAAUUAACAC